ACAGAUAUCUGUCAAACAACAUCGUAUUGUCUAAUGAGAUGGUUGUACACCAAUACAGUACCUACUGAUACAGAUUGUCAAACUAUAUUUAUUAUUACAGAUAUCUGUCAAACAACAUCCUAUUGUCUAGUGAGAUGGUUGUACACCAAUAUCAUACCUACUGAUACAGAUUGUCAAACUCUAUUUAUUAUGACAGAUAUCUGUCAAACAACAUCGUAUUGUCUAGUGAGAUGGUUGUACACCAAUACCAUACCUACUGAUACAGAUUGUCAAACUAUAUUUAUUAUUACAGAUAUCUGUCAAACAACAUCAUAUUGUCUAGUGAGAUGGUUGUACACCAAUACCAUACCUACUGAUACAGAUUGUCAAACUCUAUUUAUUAUGACAGAUAUCUGUCAAACAACAUCCUAUUGUCUAGUGAGAUUGUUGUACACCAAUACCAUACCUACAGAUACAGGUUGUCAAACUAUAUUUAUUAUUACAGAUAUCUGUCAAACAACAUCGUAUUGUCUAGUGAGAUGGUUGUACACCAAUACCAUACCUACUGAUACAGAUUGUCAAAACUCUAUUUAUUAUUACAGAUAUCUGUCAAACAACAUCGUAUUGUCUAGUGAGAUGGUUGUACACCAAUACAGUACCUACUGA